GCAGUUUAAGCAACAAAAUUUAUUUAAAAAUUUAACAAGCAUGUCCCUGCCACGCGUGUACUUUGACAUCACGGCCGACGGCGAGAAGCUGGGACGCAUUAUAAUGGAGCUGCGCUCCGAUAUUGUGCCCAAGACGGCGGAGAACUUUCACGCACUGUGCACGGGAGAAAAGGGAUUCGGGUAUAAGGGCUCGCCGUUUCAUCGCGUAAUACCGAACUUUAUGUGCCAGGGUGGGGAUUUCACCAAUCGCAACGGCACCGGCGGCCGCUCCAUCUUCGGCAAUAAAUUUCCGGAUGAGAACUUUGAGCUAAAGCACUCGGGCGCGGGCACACUCUCGAUGGCGAAUGCGGGACCCAAUACCAAUGGCUCGCAGUUCUUCAUAUGCAUUGGCAAGACCAGUUGGCUGGACAACAAGCACGUGGUCUUUGGCAAGGUGACCGAGGGGCUGGAGGUAGUGCGUCGCAUUGAGCAAAUGGGCUCCAACUCGGGCAAGACCAGCAAGCUGAUAAUCAUUGAGGACUGCGGCGACUGCGAGGACUUGGCUUAAAGCACACACAAAAAUACACAG